AUGGGCUCCAGGAAGAUGGUCAAAUUGGCUCUGUGUGAGGCGCUGCAGUUCAGUGCACUGGUCGUGCCGCUCUUGGUGGUGACGCUGGAGUUUGCGGCCGUCGUGUGGCACGUCCGCAGCAGCGCCAUGCCCUCAGGGGACGCCUACGCCCCCUACUGGCUCAUCGUGGCCACCUCUGUCUCCUACGUCACCACCGUGGCACUGCUGGUCUGGGUGCCCAUGAAGUACCUGAUCUUCAAGAAGAGGAGGUUCUUGAUUGGCAGGAAGAAGUGGAGACCGGUGGCCCUGGCCUACGUGAUCUUGUCCACGCUCCCGUGCUUCGCCUUCCUGAUCGCGAGCGCCGAGGUACAGAUCAGCAGCGGCUUACGCCAUAACGCCUUCACAGAGCUCCCCGUCUCAUUGGUCCUGCUCUCCCUCAUUUGCAUUGACAUCACAGAGCGGAUUCGCCAGUGCCGUCUCACGGGCGAGGUUCAUCCUCCGCAAAGGGAUGCCGACAUUCCUUCCUCUCUGCUGACCAGUGUGGUACACAGUGCAGACUUGAACUUCAGGCCCGAUUCUAAUGGCACCAUCCCCAGCCACUCUCUGUCUGGGAACCCGGGCAGACAGUACAGCUCUGGCCCGAUGGCCCAGCCGACCAUCUUGCCAGUCUACUACCCCCCGCAGUACGUCUCGGGGCCUCUCCGCUUCCUGUCUGCAAGCGACUGCCGGGCCGAGGUCUUCGUGGAUGGCUUCCUGUUCUGGCUCGACACAGUGGAGAUGGUACGGGCCGCUAUGCACCCCAUCGUCUUCUACUCACGUUGGGUGUUCCCCGUCUACAUAUCCAGCUACCUGUCAGUACUCAGGGUUGUUAUCAUGCCUGGGAACCCCCUGCUGGCCACACUGGGGAUUGCACUGCAGGAUGUCCCUUUCCUCUUCAUCCGCAUCGGCUUGGUCGCCAUCUUCGGCUUUGUGACGCCACUCCUAUACCUGGUGAAGAACCUGCUGCUCUCCCUGGCCUUCUUCUACUUCAAUUUCGUGACCAAGCUGAGAAUCUUUAACACGCAGAGGCUGUUUUAAGUGAGAGGAGAGAGGAGAAGGACCGGUUUUGUACCUUCAUAUGACCCGUGGGCUCAGAGACGCUAAAAGAAGUUUUACAGCCAGAGUCUGAACACUGUUACCGUGUAAUCGACUUUGUCUGAGAUGCUGCUGAUUUAAUUGAUGGUGGGGGGGGGGGGACUUGGGCCCGUGCUUGGGUAACUUUUGGAGCAUCGUUAAGAAUGCAAUGAUGAGCAAUCAAGAAAAUUUCCGUAAAAAUAAUUUAAUGCAAACCAACACCAAAGUAAAUUAACACAUAGUAGGUCACACUCGGAGUUUCUCAUAUGGGGUGCUGUGCGAGAGAGCCCCACCAGCCAAUCGUCCAAAUAAUUAAACAAAAAAUAGCAUAUACAUUUACACUAAAUUAUUAUUACACAUUGAUAUGAUCAACACAAGUCACAUUUUCAAAUAUAACUUUGUUACAUAAUUUAUUGAACUUAAUAUAAUCAAAUAGCAUUUUCAUAUGAGUAUGAUUGCAUCCCGGUAAAAAUGCCAAGCUGGGAAGUAUACAGACGUUCCUCUACUUACGAAUGAGAUACGUUCCAAAUGACCGUUCGUAACUUGAAAUGUCCGUAAGUCGUUAUUCAACAUCAUUUUAAGGGUAUACACAAGUACAAAGAACUGGGAUGCUGGGAGUACGCACGCUACGCUGCUGCGUGGCGGGAUCAGAUCAGGCUGCCUUUGUUUAUUCUUUUUCUUUCGUUUUUUCAUUUUUUUUUGUUGUAGUUUAAAGUGUUAAGAUUUGGCAUUGUAAUAUUUCAAAAUCUACGUAAAUGCUAAAGUGAAUCAAUUGUUGUGACAUCUUUCUCCUUGGAUGAGUGCUUAUCAGUACUGCCCAAAGCCCACGUGAUGCCCUACACUGUCAGAAUAAAGAGUACCUUUGCUUGUCACUGGGGCUUUACCCUCAAGGGUCUGCCAGUUAUAUCAUUAGCUGUAGGUGCUUGUACCUUUUAAGGUACAGAAAUUAACAUUUUUGUACCAUUGGGGGUACAUUGAUGUUCUUUGUACCUUGAGGAUGUUCCUCAGCAUCAAUUUCUGUACCUUAAAUUAGACUUAAAGGUAUAUUUACUUACAGCUGGAGUGCAGCUGGCAGACCCUUGAGGGUGCAGCCGGAGUGACAAGCAAAGGUACAUCAGCACCCCCUCGGGAGAUGAGUCGUGGGGGGGUCCAGAGCCUAUGUCUUGGUCUGUGGGGGGAAGGUGGAGUAGCCGGCAGAAACUCCACGCAGUUAACAAGAGUAGACUUACAACAAUAAUGUGACUUUAGGGCCGCCAUGACUAUUUAAGAAAAAUAGUUAAAGGAAGUAGGGGGUGAAUUUGUGGUCGAUUGCCAAUCUUCUGCUUUCUGUAUUGAGGUUGCUAAUAAUAAAAAUUCUU